AUGUCUCCAGAAUUCAACAGGGACUCGCUCCUGUUCCGUCACCGGCAGCUCGCGCCUACAGCCUCUGUUCGCGUGUCACCCCUAUGUCUCGGUACAAUGACCUUCGGCACGGCGCAUAACGAGCGCUACGGGGAAUGUAGCAAAGAUUCCGCCUUUGCUAUCCUCGACCAUUUCUACGCCCAAGGCGGCAACUUUAUCGACACAGCAAACGUGUACCGAGAUGGAGAAUCCGAAGCCUGGCUCGGAGAGUGGAUGGCCAGCCGGCGCAACCGUGACGACAUGGUAGUAGCAACAAAAUACACAAACCCGUGCAUGUUCGACCCGUCCGAGCAUAUCACGUCCAACUACUCUGGCACUGGAUCUAAGAGCCUGAAGCUAUCGAUUGAAACAUCGUUGAAGCGAUUGCAGACUACAUACAUUGAUCUUUUCUACGUCCACUUCUGGGACUUUUCCACCACCAUUCCCGAGCUCAUGCACAGCCUCAACGACCUCGUCGUCGCGGGUAAAGUGCUCUACCUAGGCAUCUCCGAUACGCCAGCCUGGAUCGUAACGCUCGCCAACGAGUAUGCGCGGAACAAUGGGCUGCGGCCGUUUGUUGUGUACCAGGGUAUGUGGAAUGCGGGCAUGCGCGACUUUGAACGCGACAUCAUUCCAAUGUGUCGGCAACAGGGCAUGGCACUGUGUCCAUAUGGCGUCUUGGGCCAAGGCCGCUUCCAGACAGAAGAGGUGUACAAGGAGCGCGAGAAGAGCAAGGAAGGACGUAACUUUGUACCGUUGUCUGCGCGGGACAAGCAGGUUUCCGCCGUUUUGGAAGGUGUGGCGAAGGACAACAAGAGCGCGGCCGACGUGACGCUAUUAAACGUGGCGCUUGCCUACGUCAUGCAAAAGGUUCCAUAUGUUUUUCCCAUCGUUGGGCAGCGCAAGGUGGAGCAUCUGAAGGGCAGUAUCGAUGCGCUGCGUGUUGCCUUGACCGAGGAAGAAGUGGCGCGGGUCGAGGAGGCGUAUGAGUUUGAUCAUGGAUUCCCACAUACGUUUCUCAGUGGCGCGCUCUUUGGGAAUGGGCCGCCGAGACAGGUGGAAGGGCCGGGGGAUGUAUGGCUGACGAAAAACAAUGGACCGUUCGAUUGGGUGGAUGAGAAUGCUAAGCCUAUUCGGCCGCCGCAGUAG